UAGCAACCUGAGGAAGGCCACUGGGGUACGCACGAGAAUUAACAAGGUGAUUCCUUUAUCCUCAGCAUAACAAAAUGAAGAACCAACAGCUGAUUGGAUGGACAUUUGUCGCUCUGCUUUGUACUAGUUACGUGGCACCGGUUUGGUGCUACCCGGGUCUCACUCCCAUACCAGAAGUACGCAAAUUCGCUGAAAAACCCAACGCUCUGAAAAAGGUUGCUAUUGACAACGAUCUAGACGACGUUUCCACCAAUCAGAUAUCGUCGCAGGAAGGUUUCUCGUGGAGUAACAUGCUGGGGAUGGUGAUGCAACUCCUCUUCCACCCGCAGCAAGGACCAAGCAAGUCGGACGGCCUCGACACGGACCAUAGCGUGGUUCCGUCUCCUUGGGCCAACUUCCUCACGGUAGGACUAAAGAUUCUGACCGCCAUCUUGGGAGGUGGCACUGGAGGAGGUGACGGUAUCGAUAAAGUAGACAACGGAUCUCCAAUGCAGGGCAUCCUGGCAGCUGUCCUGUCUGCACUGCUGGGAUCCAAAGAUCCCGAUCAGGUAGCCACGAUGGCCAAACAGGCUGGCGAGUUUAUCAACAUCGUCGUGAAUCUGUUGGACGCCCUCAAGACUUCCUUCAGUCACCGAUCCAUGGCGGCGCGCUCGCUGGGUAAGAAGGACUCUGUUUCUGAAGCAGCGAUGGCAGGGCUGUCAUUGCUCAAGGGUUACGUUCGGUCGCUGAAGACAAAUGACGACAACUGCAUGCUGAAAUACGUUUGUGAGGCGAACAGAGAAUGCUCGGCCGACACGCAUGGCGCCAUCUACUGUCAACUGGGAACGUACGCAGCAAGUUUCGUGCUAGAGAGGUCAACUUCGUCGCCAUUCGACGCGUUUUACGAAGCAGGACGUCGUGGGCGUAGCGGAGAAGAUUGUCGGCAAGUGUACUUAUCCUGCAACGAAAUCUAAACCGUGUCUUCCAUCACAUCACUAUUGUCACCAUCAUCAUUGCAGUCAUCAUAAAUGUAUCGAUAUUAAAAUAAUAGGUAAAAUUAUUACAUUAUUCUGCCUAAAUAAAAUUUAUUUCUCGACAGGAUUGUUAGAAAUGGAAAGGAAACAGGGCUGAUAAAUUGGCAGAAUAUGUCGUAUUAUAUCUACAACAGUUAAGAAAGACUAUUGUUGAAUUUCAAAAUGCAUGAACUCUAAACUAGAAAAAAUAAGAACCAGUAAAUGCACCAGAAAUUUUAAAAGUGAUGCAAAAAAAUAUAAAAUCAUCAGAAAUAUUGCUAUUCAAAUCCGACAGUAGGGUUUGAAACUGAAUUGUGCUUAAUAAAUUACUCAAUACGCACCUACAGAAAUUCUGUUAAACUUAUUAUAAUUGUGUCCUUCUUCACAGUACACAAGCACACAGCAAAAUUUUGAUGUUUUAUAUUACUGUACACAACAGACGAAUCACACACACACACACUUCACGCUAUUUAUUUAUAACUUAAUAAUUUAUUAGGUUUUAGAUACUGCAGUUGCUCUUAUAGAAGUUUCAUCUCUUUUGUGGUUAUCCACAUUCCAUUAUUAGACGCUUAUACCAUUGUUGCUAAUAAUGCACUGUUAUAUUAUAAUGUAUUAGAUGUACAGGUUAAUGGCGAGUAAAAACGAUGACAAUAUUCUAUAUUGAUUUAUUUGUAAGAAAAGAAAUUGUUUUGGGGGAGGUUGUAGCUACGGGAUAAACGGAUUUUACAAAUGGAAUGGUUAAAAAAGACUUCAAACACUUUAAUGAAUUCGGAAAAACUUUCAAAACUUAUAAAGUUCGACCUGGAGUGCUCCCCUCCGUAAGGAUGUUUCCAGCUCAGGUAUCCACAAGAUUGCUGGCUUGUGGGGGGUAGUGGGUCAGCCUAUAAUCUGCCAGUAAGAGUUCAGAUAUCUUCAAUUAACAUUCCAGUAUGAGUAGAAUUAUAUUCAACAUGUUCACAAUUUAAGCGUAAUUCUUAGAAACGACGAUAAUUUCUGAUUUCAAAAUACCCCUUCGAAAAUAAAGAAGCAGCCCAAACAUAUUCGCUCUUCAAAAGACUGUACACUCUUGUCACACCAGCGGUGUUGCUUCACCACAGAGAGAUCACUGGGACGCAGAAAUGCCAACAUUACUGAAAGUACAGUACUUACACGUGACGUAACGUUGGCAACUGGCUGGCUCACUCUUAGUCUUAAGAAUAUUUCAUUUUCAGUUAUAAAAUAAGUAAGAAUUACUAUUAAGUUAAGAAAUUUUAUGGCGGGCAUGUACUUGACUGAUAUAAACCUAAUUGUUAUCGUGUAAUACAGCGAGAAAGAGAUGUGUGUUUGUUUCUAAAGAAUAUGAGAAGGGGGAAUAGAUAAUAUUAUAAUAAGCAGGGAACUGUGUAAGUAUGAAUGCAUGACAAUGAAUGCAACUGAAGUGCGUGGAUGCUUGAAAACUUUUUAA